AUGACCCUAUCAGCACCGACGUCGUCCUUGCGUUUUGCGGAUGUCGCCGUUACAUACACUGCAGACCAAUUCCAAGGCAUCUAUAGAGGCAAACAGUACCACGAAUCAGACUUCGCAGAGGUCCUUAAACGUGCCAAAGAGUAUGAUUGCGACAAGAUCAUGCUCACUACCAUGACCCUUCCAGGAGCUCAUGAGAACGUGAAAGUUGUGAAUGAAUUUCCGGACAUGUGCACCAUGACACUAGGUGUGCAUCCGUACCAUGCGAGUGAGAUAUACGUCGAAAACGACGGAAGCGAGUAUCUUCAAAACCUUCGCAAGCUUGGAGAAACCCUUCGAGCCGAGAACCCGUCACCACUGGUAGCCUUCGGGGAAAUUGGACUUGAUUAUGAGUAUCUGGACCGUGCCGACAAAGCGACCCAGCAACGUGCUUUCCGCGAUCAGCUGGAGCUGGCCAUCGAAUUUCAAUUACCUCUUUUUCUACACGUGCGCGAGUCGUGUGCCGAUUUCAUCUCGAUUAUCCGACCUUACCUGCCCAAGUUGCCGCGCGGCGGGUUAGUGCAUUCGUUCGCUGGGUCGAAGGAGGAGAUGUUGCAGUUGGUUGAGCUGGGCUUUGAUAUCAGUGUCAAUGGUGUUUGUUUCCGCACUGAAGAGCAGCUGGAGAUGGUCCGCCAUAUCCCCUUGGACAAACUGCAGCUGGAGACCGAUGCUCCGUGGUGUGAGAUUCAAAGCAAUGACGAGAAAAUCGCCCCAUAUCUCGCCAAUGCAAGGCCUCUACCUCCAUCUCGCAAGCACAACAAGUUUAUCCUGGGGCAAAUGGUCAAGACGAGAAAUGAAAGCUGCACGAUUGAACGUAUUGCUCUGGUUGUGGCAGGCUUGAAAGGUAUCUCACUAGAGGAGGUCUCACGCGCGGCGUGGAAUAACAGUGUUAGAAUGUUUGGCUUAGGGGUACAGGGUCAGUGA